GAAAUGGGUCUCCCUCUACUACCCGUCGCACUCAUCCUCCUCCUCCUCGCAUACAAGCUCUACCAAAGGCUAAGAUUCAAGCUCCCACCGGGGCCUCGCCCGUGGCCGAUAGUCGGCAACCUGUACGACGUAAAGCCGGUGAGGUUCCGGUGCUUUGCCGAGUGGGCGCAGGCGUACGGCCCCAUCAUAUCGGUGUGGUUCGGGUCCACGUUAAACGUGGUCGUGUCGAGCUCGGAGCUGGCUAAGGAAGUGCUCAAGGAGAAUGACCAGCAACUUGCUGACAGGUUUAGAAAUAGGUCGGCUGCAAGGUUUAGCAGGGAUGGGAAGGAUCUUAUAUGGGCGGAUUAUGGACCCCACUAUGUGAAGGUCAGAAAAGUUUGCACUCUUGAGCUUUUCACCCCAAAAAGGCUCGAAGCUCUGAGACCCAUUAGGGAAGAUGAGGUUACAGCCAUGGUUGAAUCCAUUUUCAACCACUGCACUCAUCCCGAUAAUAGCGGUAAAAGCUUGUUGGUGAAGGAAUACUUGGGAGCAGUGGCAUUCAACAACAUUACACGACUGACAUUUGGAAAGAGGUUUGUGAACUCAGAGGGUUUAACGGACGAGCAGGGGUUGGAAUUCAAGGCAAUCAUGGCCAAUGGAGUGAAGAUUGGUGGAUCACUUCCCAUUACAGACCACAUCCCAUGGCUUCGUUGGAUGUUUCCAUUGGAGGAAGAGGCAUUCCACAAGCAUGGGGAAAGGAGGGACAGACUCACUAAUAUUAUCAUGGAAGAGCACACACAGGCACGAAAAAAGAGUGGUGGAGCCAAGCAGCAUUUUGUUGAUGCCUUGCUUACCUUGCAGGACAAGUACGACCUUUGCGACGACACCGUCAUUGGACUCCUUUGGGACAUGAUCACUGCAGGCAUGGACACCACCGCAAUCUCUGUAGAAUGGGCUAUGGCUGAGCUAAUUAAGAACCCGAGAGUGCAACACAAGGCUCAAGAGGAGCUAGACCGUGUUAUCGGAACCGAACGCGUCAUGACAGAAGCCGAUUUUACUUCCCUGCCCUACCUACAAUGUGUAGUCAAAGAGGCCCUAAGGUUGCACCCUCCAACCCCACUGAUGCUCCCCCACCGAGCCAACACCCAUGUCAAAAUUGGUGGCUAUGACAUCCCUAAGGGAUCAAGUGUUCACGUUAAUGUAUGGGCCAUAGCACGCGAUCCGGCGGUGUGGAAGAACCCGCUCGAGUUUCGUCCUGAGCGAUUCCUUGAGGAGGACGUUGACAUGAAGGGCCAUGAUUUUCGACUGCUUCCAUUUGGUGCAGGGCGGCGGGUGUGCCCGGGUGCACAACUUGCUAUUAAUUUGGUCACAUCCAUGCUUGGUCACUUAUUGCACCAUUUUGUUUGGGCACCACCUGAAGGGGUCAAGCCCGAACAUUUUGACUUGUCAGAAAACCCUGGAUUGGUCACUUACAUGCGGACCCCAUUACAAGCCGUGGCCAAUCCGAGGUUGCCAUCGCACUUGUACAAACGUGUGGCAGCGGACAUGUAAUUUUUAUUUUGUUUUCUUUAUCCUCCUUGUUUUUUUUUUUUUUUUUUAAUUAUUAUUGCUAUGAGCUUGUAAUAAGGUUGUAGUCAAGUGGCCAUGCUUGCAAAACCGCCUUCUCUCUAAAAUUCCUCUCUUUUCAUCUAAACAACACUAAAAAGAACUUCAAGAGGAGGGAAGAUCUAGCUCUCGAUCUUCCCUCCUCUCCUUUCAUGGUAGUAGGACUCGGGGUCUUCUCUGUAGGCUCCACCGGUCUCCGUUUCUGGCGGGUUGUUUUAGAUCUAAUUUGUAGAUUUAGAUCUAGAUCCAAAUUUAGUUUCUUCAACCUUAGAUCUGAUUGUUUUCUUCAGCAAAGGCGUGUCUUCCGAAGGGAUGUCUACGAUGCCGUGCUUCCCCACUGCUGCUUGUCGGAGUUUUUGUUUUUGUUUUUUGUUGUUGUUGUUUUUUUUUUUUUUUUAUGGUCCUAGCUAUUGGGCUGAGGACAUGAAUAAUGCUUCUCGCUUUCGGGUCGAAAGGGGAAUGGUUUGAGUGUGAGUAUUUUGCUCAUACCUGAGAAAUGGCUUCCUGUGCUCCCGGAAAGAGUCUGGGUUAGCAGAUCUGUUCUAUAAUCUGAAGAUCGGGCUGGGAUAGCGGAUGUUUGACGUCAUAGAUUGGUUUUUCAUUGUAAGAUCGAUCUGUUAUGUUUUCGAUUUUUUGACGUGUAAUCUUUUAACUUCGGCUAUGAUUUUCCAGAACUUUAUGUUCUGUGAUUAUAAAAACU